UGUGACGUAGGCCACGGGGCGGGGCACGCUAGCCUAGGACUUGACUGAAGCCUCUGUUGCCUAUUAGAGGUUAUUCAGGCGGCUGGAAAGCGAAUUCACGCUUUUGGUUUUCUUUCUUAGGCUUGUACAUUUGGCUUUCUGUUGUAUAUGUUUUUGAAAUCUCACACUGGACAUAUUCAGAUAUCAUCUACUCGGACAGGAAUAUCGGAUGGUCAAACGGGACAAUUGAAUUUGUGUUCAGCAAGGGCUGGAGGAUUUAAACGGCAAGCUACAAGCGCGUCUUCUGCUUUAAGCUUCUGACAGCGAAUGUAUUACACAUUGAAAUCAACUUCGGGAAAGUUUAACGUUUGCUCGGAAGCAAGCAGAUUUUGUUUCUACCCAUAUUGUGGGAUGCGCUGAAUUGCGCUUGAGAAUAUUUCGAGACUCAAAGAAAGAGAACACCGAGGACGUUCUGAAUUUCUGUUCUAUUGUCGAAUACAAGAAUAUGCUGACUUUAAAUUAAUUUAGCAGAUAUAAGUAUCGAUAUUUCAUAUCUUAACUAUUGAAUCCCCUUAAAAUCUGCGUGGCCAAAUCUACAACAUUUUUGCUAUGAUGACCUGGAGCUGAGACUGGAAAUAAAGGACUGUCUCCGAACUUGUAGAUGAGCGGUUGGGAUUGUCGGAACAUGAAGUCAGUUACCGGUCUGUUUGUUGCAAGUGUGUUGCUGUGUUCAACGAUCUCGUCCUGGAGCGCGACUGCUAACAGCUAUGGAGACAUUCCUAGGCUAGGUUCCGCUGAUUUUAGUGGCGUAAAUAACUUCAGCACCUUCCUAUUGGACCGUGUGUCUGGGAUGCUCUAUCUUGGUGCACGGGAUGCAGUCAUCGCUGUGGAUACUGCUAAUCUGUCCAAGAGGAAGAUGAUUGAGUGGAGUGUUCCAGAAGAAAAGAGGAAAUCUUGUGUUGCUAAAGGAAAAACAGAGGACGAUUGCAAGAACUACGUCCGCCUGCUGGAGUUUCUGGUUGAUGGACGCAUAUAUGCCUGUGGGACCUUUGCCUUUGACCCCCAGUGUGCAUUUAUUAACAUCUCUUCAUUCUCUCUGGAGAAACAUGAAGAUGGGAGCAUGAAGAUGGAGACGGGGAAAGGGAAAUGCCCCUUUGAGCCUAGCCAGCAUUACACAGCAGUCAUGGCAGGAGGGAUCCUUUACACUGCUGCCACAAGUAACUUUCUAGGCACAAUGUAUGACAUUUCCAGGGCAACAGGCCUCGAGCAGGAACGCAUCCGCACUGAACAAUCAAUCAAUUGGCUUAGUGAUCCAGAGUUUGUCAGUUCUGCUUUCAUCCAAGAGGAUGAGAAGAACAACCCUACUGGUGAAGAUGACAAAAUUUACUUUUUCUUCACUGAAGUAGCUAAAGAAUAUGACCUUUACGCCAAGGUCAAAGUGCCCCGAGUGGCCAGAGUCUGCAAGUCUGAUGUAGGUGGUAUGAAGACUUUGCAGAGAAGGUGGACGACGUUUCUGAAGGCCCAGCUGGUGUGUGAAGAUCGAGCAAGUGGACAGCGAUUUAACGUUCUGACUGAUGUGUUCACUGUACAGCACCAGCCUGGAGACCCCAGCAGCACACACUUCUAUGGCAUAUUCACCUCACAGUGGGAAAGAGGGGAGCUGUCAGCCGUGUGUGUGUACAGUCUGGAGGAGAUCACUAAGGUGAUGAAUGGACCCUUUAAAGAGCUGAAAAAGUCCUGUGAGACCUGGAUUAACCCAGAGCCCAUACCAACACCCCGACCAGGACAGUGUCUGAAUAGUGCUCUGAUGGAGCAGGGCUUUGAGUCCUCCCUGAAGCUACCUGAUAAAGUGCUGACGUUCGUGCGUGAUCACCCUCUUAUGGAGAACAGUGUGGUGGCAGCACCCCUGAUGAUCAGAAAUGGCAUCACAUACACUAAACUUGCCGUUACCUUAACAAUGGCCUCCAGUGGCCUGAAGCAACACAUGACCACUGUUUUACACCUUGGAACAGAUCAUGGAGAGCUGCACAAAGUCGCUGUAGUUGGUCCGAAUGCAACUCUUAUUGAAGAAGUCCCUCUGUUUUCUGCACAGGAGCCAGUGAAUAACAUAUUGCUAUACAAAGAUGAGGCACUGGUGGGCACUCCUCUCUCUCUGGUGAAGUUACCCAUAGUGGGUUGUUCUCUGUACUCCACCUGCGAGGUGUGUGCACGUGCCCGAAAUAUUGGCUGUGUAUGGAGGCAUAAAGAGGGAGAUUGUGCUUUGAAGCCUGGUGAAGUGGUAGAAGCAGAUGAUUUGGUCAGGCAAUGCAACAAAGAUGAAGGUCUUUGCUCCCCGCCUGUAAUUGAAAUGCGUGUUGUAAAGGAUCUGCGUGUCCUGCUUUCUUGUGUGCAACUGUCUCCUCGUCCCUGCCGCUGGGACCAUCCUCCACAUAGUCACACCCGCCGCCACAACAAUGACCUGGAGGUGCAGGUCUCAGAUGAGAGUUUUGGCACCUACGUGUGUCUAUGUGAUGAAGUAGGCAGAGAUCAGCCACCCUGCCGCAGAGCCGAGUACCAGCUGACCCUUGACAACCCCAGCAUGGAGGGGAAUGUGGCCACUGCAGGUGGCCGACACUUCCUGGCUUCCCACAUCAUGUUAUUAGUUGUAGGUUUUGUAUUGGGUGGGAUUGUGAUGUUUCUAAUUUACAAACGGCAAGGCGGCAUGAGAGGGGGCGGGAACUCAUCAUCCACGUUGGAAAAGGGGCGGGACUUGCUUCCUUCUACAGACACACCGCAGUCUCCAAGCAGCGCCAGUUUGAUGUCAGAGGCGGUUCCAUUAACCGAGAAAAGGAACGGGACACUGAACGGUCAUGGACACAAUAUGCACCCGGCUGGGCACAACAGCAGGCAUAUUUAUUCUAACUCCAGCGGACUAAAACUGCAGGAAUCAGCUGUGAACCUAGCAGAGGAGUUGGAUGGCAGAGAAAGUGCGGGACCAGAUGGGGAGGAGGAGGGAUUGGGGGAGGGGCUAAGUGAGAUGGAGGAGGAGUUUUCUAAGAUGCCUUGUCUAAGAGGAGCACCUCUGGCACAGUGUGAAGAAAGCUCUAUCUAAACACCAGCACACACGUGAUUUUUGAGACUACACUCUGUGAAAGGCUCGCAAACACAGAUGGAGGGCUGGAGGAGAAGAGGAAAGCAGACAAUCAAAGAAACUGAUACACAUUCCAAAUAAACGAUUGACAUACGCAGUCGCACAAAGAAACACACAAACAAAUAAACUGCAUUUGUUGGAGGCUCCUCUACUACUCCUUUACAUCACUGUCCAGACCAUUCAUUCCUGUGUACAUAACAUGCUGUGUAGAUCUGUGUCUAUCCUGCUGUUUCUGCAUGUAUUUGUUUAUACGAAUAGGCACUUUUGUGUACCAUCCUUAAAGCCAUGCGCACCCACGUGGAAAUACACAGUCUGUGCAUCUGUGUGUGUGUAGUUCUUAGUUGCUUAGUUCGCAGCCCAGAGCAGCACAAAGCCAGGAAGAAUCUGCUAAUUCUGGGCUGAUUACUGAAAUAAAAUAAUUUGAUUUGUCACCAAAAAGGGCUUUCAAGCAAGAAACCCCUCUGUGAUUGAUGCUACACAGCAGCAAAUAAUGAAUGAAUGAUAAAGAGACUGGAAAUGUGAUUCUUGCCUUACAGAUAAAGUGGUUUGAGUACUGCUAAUGAAGGUACUGUGGCCUAUGGCAGGGAUGGAUUGUGGGGUCGCUGCCAGAGAAAGGAACAUAAAGCGGCCCUCAGAGCAUACAGUAUGAGUUGGGCCCCUUGAUGUAGGAGAAUGAUUAAGGGCUUUCGCAUCGCAGGAACUAUUGGCGGAAGUACCCGCUUGUUGGCGUGUUUGCACCACAGGAACUAGGAACGGUUUUAGUUCUAGAAACUCAGUUAGCUCCUACCUCAGAGUAGGGUCUAAAACAGUUCAACUACCAGUGACGUAAGUGUACGCUGAUUGGCCAAGCGCAUACGAAACAUUGGCUACAUUAAAAAGCCAUGUAAAAAUACUUAAUGUUUGUAAAUGCAGCAAAGUUCUUGCUGUCGGUGCAAAUGCAACCGGGAAAACAGCCCGAUGGAGAAAUUGUUUCUCUAGGAACCACCCUGCUGGCUAGUUCCUAGAACUACUUGGUGCGAAAGCCCCUACUGACAUGGACCACCAACUAGUGUGCCAAGGGGCCUCACAGGGCCAUGAUUCAGUCUGGAACUAUAGUGCCCCAUUUUGAGUGAAGAGAGAAAACUAUUUAGCAGUCUUCUCCUGUAUAUCAGACCUGUGAACUGAUAGUAGAUAGUGAAAAUUGGACUUUACUUGACCACUGCAAAUUCAGUCAGUUACAUUCAGAGCAAGGGAGUUGUUCUUAUCUGGAAUGGGGCUGGCAGUGUUUUGUGGUGUCACGAGAAGCAGUCAAACCACUAUAGGGACCAGAUGUAGCAUGUUCUGUUCAUAAUAAUCUGCACAGACAAAGGUGGAUGUUGCUUUAUAUUGUUUCGCAUGAAUGCCUAUUGAAACUACAAGGAAAUCGUCAAAAUGGAAAUGAAGAGUGAAGGAUUGAUACAUUAUUAUUGAUUGUUUUGAGUUUCCCUUUAAGGACAGAGAAUGUGGCUCAUUUGAAGGUAUAUUUAUCCCCAGUAAAGUGCAUGAUGCAAAGUAGCCAUGAAUACAGAGCUACAGAUUUGUUAUACAAUGAUCAGGGGCUACAGGUUAAUCUAAUGCACUCCCAGUACAAAGAGUGUUCUAUUUAUGUAGCCACAAUGAUGUCUGUUUCAGGAGUAUGUAAAUAUUUGUGAAUAUAAAAGAAAAUGAGAGUAAGAUCUUUAAAACUUUUUUUUAUUCUCUCUUUUCACCACUUGUUGGGCAGGGUCUGGGUGGGAGAAGAGUUGGGUUCUUCCUAAGUGUCAAACAGUCCCUCUGCCAGCCUAAAUGUUGGAUCACAUUCAAAUGCCAUUUCCUGCCAUAUUCCAUUAGAAUAACUUGGAUCUACUCACAAUCUCCAUUUAUUUAUUUUGUGUUUUGUAUUUUUUUUUUAAUAUAUAUAUAUAUUUGUAACAUUAUGUCAAAGUGACGGUAACACUCUGGAUUAUGUACAAUAUAUCUUGUCUUCUAAAUCUUUGUCAGCACUCAAUAAAAUAAUGACAACAGGUACAUUCAACCCCAUAAAGUUCUCAUUUAAAAUUCCUGAUCUUCUUUUGAGGUGAUAGUGAUAGUUUGAAAUAAACCUUCAACCCUGUCAGUGUACAAUAGUAAAUCUACUGUAGUUAACUUGUCCACAUGGUCUUAUGUUAAUAUUAUUGAAAAUAACAGAUCAUUUAGUGUUACAUGCUCUUUGUUGUUUAUUCUGAAUAAAGAAGUAUGUUUAAUGUACAGAUAUGUUGUAUUCUAAGUUUCUAUUUUUAUAAUUUAUAUAUGAUGAAGAUAAAUGGACAUUUGUGUUUUAAACAUUUAUUGAAGAUGUUUGUGUGAGUGGCUAUAUGUGUGAAUGCCUUGUGAUGCUCUUUGGAAUAAAAUAAAAACUACCUCUCAAAA